UUUAACAUUAUUUAGAAGUAUCGACAUCAUCCUCACCACAACAUUCACCAUCACCUUCCCCAUCCUACACUUCAUUACGACAAUGAUCAUUCCGAAGAGAUUUAUAGUUCAGAGGAUUAUUCAUCUAAUCAACACCAUAAUCAUCAAAAUUAUCAUCAUCCUCCUUCACAUCAUCACUCUCCCAAGCAUCACUCUCCGAAUCACUCUGAUCAUUCCACUCAUCACCCACCCAAUCACUCUUGUAAUUACUCACAUGAGCAUUCCCCUCAUCACUCUCCUCGUCACUCUCCCAAUCACUCCCCUAAACAUCAUUCUCAUCACUCUGCUACUCAUCCUACUCAUCGUUCACAUUCUCCUCACUCCCCUAAUCAUUCUUCUUCCCACCCACAUUCACCACCUUCUCAUCACCACGUUAAUCAUUCUGAAGAAUCACUGAAUUCUGAGGAUUACUCUUCAAACAAACUCCAUAAUAAUACACACAACAAACAUGACGACAAACAUGAUCAGCAUCAUUCAAAGCAUAACCAAAGGGAUAAUUUGAUAUCUGAGGAGAACAGUAGUGGAGAGAAUGGUGAGUUGGUCAAGCUUUUAAAUCAUCUGAAGGGGAAUAUUAAAACUUCUAAAAUUCUUAUAACCUUUUGAUGGACUGGGAAUGAUGUUAGCUAUAUUUGAAGGGAUAUUGAGAAGAGGUAUGAAGAUAAGGAAUAAGCAGGG